CCACCUUCCACAAUUACAAGUAUGCAGUUUAUCUACAUAAUCCUCUGCGUGUGCAAUUAGGCAUGCACAAUGUUAAACCCAGACUGCAAAUCAGGCUUGCUCCAUUACAGAAUCAUACAGAAGACAGAGGAAAAAGCAUAACCAGAGAGCUCAAGUUAAACUUGUUGGUGAAUAUUGGGCAGGAAGGAAGAGCAAUCCAAGACAGUGUUGUUUGUCAGAAAUGCCCUGUGGCAGAACUUAAUCUGUGAAGCUGUACCAGUGCUGCUGUAAGAAAAGAGUAAGUAUGAGAGUUUAAUAUUCCAAUGUCGAGCUUCCUGCAGAGCAUCUGGCUUGGACUCCUUAAAGGAAAUAGGGUUAGCGACAGAACACGGUAGGUUUUUCGUACCAAUGGUGCAUUCUGCAGAGAAGCUAUAGAAACGGAGAAGAAGAUAUAAAGUAGCAAUUAAAAAUAGCCCACCUUCACCAGUAACAAUACAGAAAAUACUUUCCACGCUAUGUAAGUAAUAUAUCAACAUUUUAAGCUGAUUAAAAUUUGAUAAACUACUAACUUCCCCAUUUUUUAAUAGGAAGGCUGGGACCCGAGAUAAAACAGUGUCAUGCUGGGGAGGACAAACACCACAGCAUCCAAUAAACUUUUUAUGCAUUUAUUUUGCUAAGACCGAUACCCGUUUCCUUUGUAACUCUUUGUUUAUUAAUGAGUUGACUCAUCCAGCGUCCAGCCACUUGUUUCCACACCAGAGAGAUGGAUUUGUGCCUCUGCCAAGUGGACUCAGAGGCAGAGAUAACAGCCAGCAACAACAAUAGUCUUCCCCACUCCAUUUGCCAAGAACAAUUGGCAGAAAGGACUCAGCGAGCCACUUAUCACCAGCACGCUGGACGGCUCCGAAGCUCUGGAAGCAGAGGGCUGCCACUUGCCCACCACAGACAAACAGCAGAAUGCGGCCUAGAGCCGAGCCAGUAUGGCAGGCCUCACCUGGCGGGAGGCAGAGGUAGGCAUGAAGGCCAUGCUGACAACGUAGGAUGUUGGAUGGCUUGAUGCUGAGGUACGGUUUGUUCACUAAUCUGGACAUAUCAUCUAAUUAGUUGGGAUCUUCUCAUACAAAGUGCUGUGUUUUUGAGCAUGAGCACAUUGGCACAUUCUGCUGUACAGGGGGUGUGAAAGCCACUCACAGCAGUGUAUGUUUGCUCUUUGGCACCUGCUUCUCUUGCAAAAUGUUGAGCACCUGCUCAUGUCAAGCCAGCUCUGCUUGAAGCUGAUGACUCGCUUGCUCAAGAGAAAAAGAAUCACAGGAUUGUUUCAGUUGGAAGGGACCACUGAAGGCCAUCUAGUCCAACUCCCCUGCAAUGAGCAGGGACACCUACAGCUACAUCAGGUUGCUCAGAGCCCCGUCCAGCCUGACCUUGAAUGUCUCCAGGAAGAAAAGCAUAGAUAACUUCUCUUAGAGGAGUACUGUCAAAAUUUGACCUUGAAACUGCAUUGUGGCUCUCUCUGGGAGAAAAUCUCCCUGUUGUGAGUCAAAUCAAUUCAUAUUACACAAAUACAAUAACAGUCCCUCUCACAGCUGUACAGCAAUUAUUUGCACGGCUUUUUGGACAAAGCAGACACCUUAAUAAGUAGUAAUUAAGCUAAUUAGAAAGACAAUGAAGAUGGAAUUCAUGUGACGCAAAGCUUGUUGUGGGUAGUGAAAUAUGACUCAAUACAUUUAAUUUAACACAAGAAUAUGGGAAAUUUCGGUGGUUAGGGUGGUAAGCAGCAUGAAGUGGUCUACUGCGGGUUGUUUACUGCAGCUGGCCUUCAUACAGCUAAGCCCCCUUCAGAUUAAGGAGAAACUGGAGCAUGCUAAUUUGUUCUGCAUUUCUUUCUCUGCCUUACUCUAGUUUUCUUCAUAGUUUGACUCAAUGUCAGAAACCACCUUCGCAGUCUAUCUCGGUAGAGGUUAUUUUUUGUUAUCCUUUCCUCUCUCUGGUCUACACAGCUAUUAAGAUCCUUCAAUUCCUUUUCCUGCAGCUCUGUCUUUUCCAUAACUUCAGCUAAAUCUCUCAUGUAAGCUUUUAUUGUACCAUGUGCUGCUUUUCAGCUCUUGCAACAUUCUCUUUGUAAGUGUCACAGAGAUGCAUGCCCCCAGAAAAGCCAGGUGUUAAGUUAAAAUUUUGCUUUUACUUGUUUGAUCAUGUUGCUUCUCACUUCUGACUUCAAAGCUGGCUUCCGUGUCACAUUAUAUUGAAUUUAAAACUCUAAGUCCCUCAACACAGGGACAUAAAGUUAUUGUUGCUUUCCAAACUUUACCUUUCCUCGUAUUUUGAAUUCUGAAGUUAGGAUUUACUGAGCCAUUAACGUUAUUUUUGUUUCACAACAUGGAGGGGAGGAGCAAAAAACAACGUGAAGAUGGCUUGCAAUAAAAUUUUUCAGAACUGCUGGACAAAGAGAUGAAAAUGCUACUGAUUUCCGAGGUGUGGACAUUGCCAGCGUCUCCAGCCAACUUGGAAUGAUCUGGGAGAUAAAUACAACAACAUGGAAAACCCACAGGUCUAUGUUGUUAAAGUGGAUUGUACUACAGACACUCCACUGUGCUCUGAAUUUGGCGUCCGAGGAUACCCUACUUUAAAGCUGCUUAAACCAGGACAAGAACCUCUGAAAUACCAAGGCCCUAGAGACUUCCAGGCGCUGGAAAACUGGAUGUUGGAAAAACUGAAUGGGGAACCACCUGAUCCAGAAUCUGUUGUGGAACCACCAAAAGCCCCCGAACCUAAGCAGGGAAUGUAUGAACUCUCAGCAGACAAUUUCAAGACGCACAUAGCAGAAGGUAAUCACUUCAUCAAAUUCUUUGCCCCUUGGUGUGGUCACUGCAAGGCUUUGGCCCCAACUUGGGAACAGUUGGCUCAAGCCUUUGAACAUUCAGAAACUGUAAAGAUUGGCAAGGUCGACUGUACCCAGCAUUAUGAGGUCUGCUCUGAAAACCAAGUUCGUGGCUAUCCCACACUCCUCUGGUUUAGGAACGGUGAAAAGGGUGACCAGUACAAAGGGAAGAGGGACUUUGAUUCCUUGAAGGAGUAUGUGGAUUCCCAACUGCAGAGCUCUGGGAAAGAACCACCAGCAAGUAAACCCACAGAAGCCCCACAGCCGCUUGCAGAACCCACCCAGGCUGAGCAGGCUGCAGUGCUGUCUCUCUCUGAAAAAGACUUUGAUGCAACCAUUGCUAGGGGAAUCACCUUCAUUAAAUUCUAUGCUCCAUGGUGUGGUCACUGUAAGAACUUGGCUCCAACGUGGGAGAACCUUGCCAAAGAGCAAUUUCCAGGUUUGACUGAUGUCAAAAUAGCUGAAGUAGACUGCACUGUGGAACGUAACGUCUGCAACAGAUUUUCUGUACGUGGCUAUCCUACGCUUCUGCUUUUCCGAGGUGGAAAGAAAGUCAGUGAACACAACGGCACGAGAGAUCUCGAAUCACUGCAUAGCUUUGUUUUGCGUCAGGCAAGGGAUGAAUUGUAAUAAAAGUCUCGAUGCUCCGUCCCUGGCUGUCUCUGUACAGUAGUUGAGGGAUUUAAGUCAUUGCUAAUUUGCAAAUAGUAUGUGGGGGGGUGGGGUGGGAAGUGGGGCUUUUUUGUUUGGUUGUUUGUUUUUAGGAAAUGCAAUGUACUGAACAUUGGUAUCUUCCCUCUGUGUGUUAAAGACAAGCUAACCUGCUUGUGAAGGAAAACUAACAAGCAGUUUUAGUGUGCAAACAGAGAAUAUUUUCAGUAUUAGUAGUAUUGCUACACUUCUGCAUUCCCGCAAUGAAGUGUAAAUGGUUUCCAUUGAGACUAAAAUACAUUAAGAAAACCAAAUUAAGGGCACCAGCAGAAUAUUUUUGUCUUCAGGUUAGAUUUGGUUAAAAAAGUAAUCCUUACAAACUGCACACUAGUGCUUAGAAAGCUAAAAGCUGCAACUGUGUUAAAUAACUACUGCCUCUACAAUGGUACUUCCAACCUGUUUGUCUUAAUGUAGCUGCUGGUUAAGAAAUGGAAAGUCGCAGGAGGCUGAAAAUGCACACGUUUGGAAGAUACCAGGCCACCAUGAGUUGGCUGUUUCCUGUUAAUCCUCUCAGUGUGGGAGGUCUAGCCAUAAUGAAAGCAAUGGUACUGUAACAUGUGCCUGAACAUUACUGAUGCCCUAGUGUAUGUGUCAGGUGGAUGUUUUUUUUUUUUUGUAGACUGCUUCUUUUCAGCUCUAGAGGACUAACUAUGCUCUACUUCUACAGAGCCAGAGUGAACUGGCUCUAUUAUAGCUACUUCGUUAUUAUUAAACGAUCAGUUAGACCUCAGAGCUGAAUACAUGCAUUUCCUACCCUCACCUGAAUCCAGACUUUGCGUUGACCUGCUCCUUCUUCAGAGCACUUGGAGAACAAGUAGUACAAUGCAGUUUUUCCAUUCAGCUGUUCAACAGUAGUCUAAAAUAAUUCCCCACUCUUCUUGAGCCUUAACCUUUUUUCCAGGUUGUAAGUAAGUAAGUGUUGCUAAGUUUGAAUGUUAGGCCCAUGCACUCCCUGUUGCCUUGGAUUGUGAUACGGAUCUGUUCUUUGGUGCGUAAGAUGCUCCAUGUUUGACAAUUGAAAGCCAAAGAAUGUACACUGCAGCUACUGUCACAGUACGAUGACAGCAGCAAACCAAGGACUGAAUCGUGCCAUCCCGCGUGCACAGAAACUCAUGGAACGAGUAUGACCGACUACAGGCUAAUUUGACUAAUCUGUCAAAAUGCUGACUAUAUCCAUCAUAUGGAGUAGGUUUGGUUUUGUUUUUAAAAAAAAGCAGAACAGCAAUGAUGAACUUUUAAAAUCAGUGGAUAGCUCCUGAUAUCUCACUUUGCUGUCGAGAACCUUUUGGUUCUGUUCGAUCUAAAAAUGUGCAAGGGUGAAAAAUCCACAAUGGAAGCUAAGUAAGUGUUGUACUGGCAGAUGUGUUAGAUCACUGUAUAUACUUCUGCCUUAAAGGAAGCCUUUAUUAUCAUGUUUUUAACAACUUUCUAGUGAAGCACAAUCUCAUGAGUUUCUUGUAUAAAAUAAAUCGAAGUGA